AUGGAAGCUGCUGAUGUAGAUGGGAAUGGAACAAUCGACUACAUCGAGUUUAUCUCAGCAACGAUGCAUAGAUACAGAUUGGAUCGUGACGAGCACUUAUUCAAAGCCUUUCAAUACUUUGACAAAGACAACAGCGGGUUUAUCACAAUGGAUGAGUUGGAGUCAGCGAUGAAAGAGUAUGGUAUGGGAGAUGAAGCUAGCAUCAAAGAUAUUAUAGCGGAAGUAGAUACGGAUAAUGAUGGACGAAUAAACUAUGAAGAAUUCUGCGCCAUGAUGAGAAGCGGUCCCACGCAGGCACAACAAGGGAAAACUUGUUCCAGUCCAUUGGUUGAUUAA